AUCACGUCAGUUGUAUUCGGACAUUGGUUAGUGUCGUGUUUAAAACAUACAAAAUGUAUGCAAAGAUAGUAUUCCUCGCUGUGGUUGCGGCCGCUCAGGCUCAAUUGACAAAUAACGGUUCAUGUAACUUUGAAAGUCUCCAAAUAGAAAUAUCCGCGGGAACGUCGUUUCAGCCGCGCAAAAUGUAUGAAAUAUCUAGGAUAAGUAACAAUUGGCAGUCCGGACAAUGUGCAUCAUGGGAGUUAAAGAAUAUCACAAAUUCUUCUUUACCAACUGUGCACAUGACAGAAGUAGUUAAUCGCAAACUGGUUGAAAGAAAUGCAACCGUACUGGGUACUUCGAUUGGAAACACACCAGUCGCAUCUUUAGACUUUAAUGAUUUUUCCAGCAAUUUCACUAUUCUCGGAUUGACCGAUGAGUUUUUAAUAUUGUACGCGUGCUCAGAUCAUGGAGAAACCAAAAAGGAAUACAUCUGGCGGUUAAGCAAUAACACGGUUCUAUCGGAAUCUGCAAUUGUUGAAAGCAAUAAAAUUCUGAAUAAUAACAAUUUUGGUAACUUAACUUGGAAUACAAUUUCUCACACGAGCGAGUCAUGUCAGACUGGUGGGGCUGUCAGUUUAAAAGUAUCGUCCUUCAUUGUUUUGCUCGUGGGAUUAGCUCUUUCUAAGGUAUUUUGAUGGCAAAUAUUAAGUAUAUUUGGAAAAAAAUUGCCAAUUUUUAUACCUUUAUUUGCAUGCCAUUUAGAACAUUAUUACAUUAUAUACUAUUAUUUACAAAAGUAUGUAUGUAUACUGAUAAAUAUAUAUAAAUUUAAAAAAUAAGUAUGUAUAUAAAUAUUAAGUGAAAAGUAUUUAUGGACGAUCAUUUCUAACAAUAUAAAAUGUAUGCCUUUAAUAUAAAAAAUAAAAAUCAAAAGGAAGACUCUGGAAAAGUAUUCAAAUUUAGCAAAAGCAUUUCAGUGUUAUUAAAGAAAAUGUGAUAUAGAGACUUUAAUAAUUGUACUGUUAUAUAUACAUUUCAUUAUAAAUUAUUAAAAUUUAAUAAUAUAAAAAUA